GGGGGAGACAUCGGGGCACUGGAGCUAUGAGACAGGGUAUCCCCGCAUUAUAAAUACACGCACAGCUGAGUUUGCUGCUCUGGCUUUGUUGCUUACAUUUCUGCGUGCGUAUAUGCCUUAUCUCUGCGUGCACCUCCCAGCUGUAAUAUACAGGCGCCUAUCUUCGCCUGAUAACUGUGAAUGGACCAAAGGACUAACUUUACUCGUUCGAUAAGGGAAUAACCCGGCGCUUUAUUGUAUUCUGCAGAUUACCCUGUAACUAAUGAACACUGUUCAUACAUGCAGGAGAGUAUAAUGCACCUGGCGGGCGAGAAGUACGUAUAAAGGGUUUCAUUGGGAGGACAGGUAGUCCAGUUGUGCUCUAUGGGGACACACACAAGUAUUUAGUCUUGCUUAUUCCUCAGUCUUGUGUAUACAAAGCCAUCCCAUAGCAGACUGAUGCCAACCUUUAUGCAGGUGGUGUUUAUAUGCCUUUGUUAGAUACAAAAGGUCUUUCAUAAUGGGGAAGAAAGUGUUUCUAAACUACUGUGGGUAUAUAUUUAUCUUGGCCCUGAUACCCAUAGUAUUUAGCGAGUCUAGUUACCUCCUGAAUCCGGUCACCCUGGCAUCACGUACGUCUACGAUUCCCCUGAUGAUAUCCAACAUGAACCAUGAUAGCACCAACCACAGCCAAGGAGGAGGCCAUCAUGGAAAAAAGAAAGCCUUCCCUGUUCUUGAUCUGGAUUACACUCGUAUUCGGAUGCCCUUUGAGAUAGCACUAUGGAUCCUUCUGGCAUCACUUAUGAAACUUGGGUUCCACGUAAUCCCCACAUUAUCCAACGUGGUCCCCGAGAGCUGCUUGUUGAUCGUCGUGGGCCUUCUUGUGGGUGGUCUUAUCAAGGCAGUGGGAGAAACACCACCUGUAUUAAAUUCUGAUGUGUUCUUCCUGUUUUUGCUGCCCCCAAUUAUUCUGGAUGCUGGGUACUUCUUGCCACUGCGCCCUUUCUCUGAGAAUUUGGGAACUAUCUUGAUGUUCGCAGUGGUCGGUACACUCUGGAAUGCCUUCUUUUUGGGCUCCCUUCUGUUUGCUGUGUGCCAGAUUGGUGGGGAGGACCUUAGGAAUGUGGGCCUCCUGGCCAACUUGCUCUUCGGCAGUAUAAUUUCAGCAGUGGAUCCAGUGGCUGUUCUGGCAGUUUUUGAGGAGAUCCACAUCAAUGAGCUGCUCCACAUUCUGGUGUUCGGCGAGUCCUUGCUUAAUGAUGCUGUCACUGUGGUCCUGUACCACCUGUUUGAAGAGUAUGCUAGCCUGGAGCAAAUCACAUUCCGUGAUAUCUCACUAGGCUUCUUGAGUUUCCUAGUGGUGGCACUGGGAGGAGUGUUUGUUGGUUUGGUGUAUGGAAUAAUUGCUGCUUUUACUUCCCGAUUCACCUCCCACAUCCGCGUCAUUGAGCCGCUGUUUGUCUUCCUCUAUAGUUAUAUGGCAUACUUGUCAGCAGAACUCUUCCACCUCUCGGGCAUCAUGGCUCUUAUUGCCACUGGAGUUGUAAUGAGACCCUAUGUUGAGGCCAACAUCUCCCACAAGUCCCAUACGACCAUCAAAUACUUUCUUAAGAUGUGGAGCAGUGUGAGCGAAACCCUAAUCUUCAUCUUCCUUGGGGUCUCAACUGUUGCUGGGCCUCAUAAAUGGAACUGGCCCUAUGUCAUCAGUACACUCAUCUUCUGUUUUGUAUCUCGUGUUCUUGGUGUCUUGGGCCUAACCUGGUUCCUAAACAAAUUCCGUAUAGUGAAACUUACUCCAAAGGACCAGUUUAUCAUUGCAUAUGGAGGUUUAAGAGGAGCUAUUGCUUUUUCGCUGGGAUACCUCCUGGAUAGUAAUCACUUCCCAAGAGAAAUGUUCCUAACUGCAAUCAUUACAGUGAUUUUCUUUACAGUCUUUGUUCAGGGCAUGACUAUUCGACCAUUGGUAGAGCUGCUGGCUGUGAAGAAGAAGCAAGAAUCAAAGCGAUCAAUAAAUGAAGAGAUACACACGCAGUUUUUAGAUCACCUUCUGACUGGUAUAGAAGAUAUCUGUGGUCAUUAUGGUCACCACCAUUGGAAAGACAAAUUGAACCGCUUUAAUAAGACUUAUGUGAAAAAGUGCCUUAUUGCUGGAGAAAGAUCUACAGAACCACAGCUUAUUGCCUUCUACCACAAGAUGGAGAUGAAGCAGGCGAUUGAGCUGGUGGAAAGUGGUGGCAUCGGAAAGAUCCCCUCCACAGUAUCUACCGUGUCAAUGCAGAAUAUUCAGCCUAAACCCAAACUGGCUGAGAGAUUCAUCCCAACUCUGUCUAAGGGAAAAGAGGAGGAAAUUCGCAAAAUCCUACGAACUAAUCUUCAGAAGACAAGACAGCGGCUUCGGUCAUAUAACCGUCACACUUUGGUGGCUGACCCAUAUGAAGAUGCCUGGAACCAGAUGUUACUGCGAAGACAAAAAGUUCAUCAAAUGGAGCAGAGGGUGACCAAUUACUUGACUGUUCCUGCACACAAGCUGGAUUCCCCUACCAUGUCAAGAGCCAGAGUUGGCUCAGAUCCUCUUGCCUAUGAACCCAAGCCAGAUUCUGAGAAUAUUCCAACAAUCACUAUUGAUCCAGCAUCGCCAGAAUCCGUGGAUACAGUAAAUGAAACACAGGAAGAGGAAGAAGGGAUCACUAUGACAGUACGUGAGCCCCCUUCACCUGGUGCUGAUGAUGUAUUCAUUCCCCAAGAAAGUCCCAACUCACAGCGUCUUCAACGAUGCCUGAGUGACCCCGGACCUCACCCAGAGGAGAUUCAGCCUUUUAUCCCCCAAAAAAAACUUAUAGACUUUGUAAAAGGUUUAUGAAAGGGAGCAUUCAAUUUACAUCUACAAGUUGCCGUCUUUUUGCACUGCUGGAAAAGCAAAGGGUUUUAUAUCAUCUCUUCUUUUACUUUCCUGACUCCACCCUGCUUUCUUGUUCCUAUUCAUUCCUUUUACAUGUCCCCAUC